AUGAGGUGUUUGUGUUGUUUCUAAUUCCACACGGUGGGAAUUAUACGUGAACGUUUGUACUAAGGUGGUCUAAGCAUGGCAGCGCAAGUUGGUGGUCCACCGGAACGAAGGGAAGGUGCUCCAGGAGGGGAGCAGAAAGACAAGAAACGAAAGGAGUCCAUCCUUGACCUUAGUAAAUAUCUAGACAAAGCAAUUAGGGUCAAGUUUUCCGGUGGUCGAGAGGCCUCAGGAAUCUUGAAGGGAUUUGAUCAAUUACUGAAUUUGGUAUUGGAUAACACCAUUGAAUAUUUGAGAGAUCCUGAUGACCCGUACAAGUUGACAGAAGACACCAAAGAACGAGGGCUAGUAGUCUGCAGAGGCACUGCAGUUGUACUGAUAUGCCCAAUGGACGGCUGUGAAGCGAUAGCCAAUCCUUUCAUUCAACAGGAGACCUGAAAUGGAGACGUAUCAUUAUGUAACGUUUUUUUUUUUUUCUAAGCUUUAGAUUUUAUAACAAUGAAAUCCUUAUUAAGGAUUUAAAAGUGUAUGUCCAAGGUACCUCCAAGUGUUGGUAGAUUCUUUCAUUACAUGAUUAUGGAAGUUUUUCUCAUUUUUCUUAAUUGUUACAUAGAUGGAAUUUUUUCAAUUAGUAUUUUCGAUUUAUCAUCGGAAUCCAAAUGAAAGAAAUUAGCCUAUUAUUUCUGUCUUCCACAUACUACACUUAAACAUGACAGACACAAAAGAAUAAUUCAGGAUCCUUACAAUUUUACCUGCCUUUGAUAUACAGUUGACUUUCAUAAAGUAUUUUCUUAAAGCCUCAGUCUUAACACAGUAGUACUAUGUUACUUAACAUUGCCAUACCUUUUUAUUUUUGGUUGCUUGUACUCAACUCCUUGCCCCCACAAUUUACUGCCUUGUGCACUGUUCCUUGUUACUUUAAGUAAAGUUUUGAUUUCACAAGUUGAUGAAAGGGAAGUAGUUUCUCUCUAUCAUAUGAGAUCUUUUUCUAAUAAAAGAAUGUUUAAAUGGCAAGUAUAAUGCAUGACUUUAGUAAUGUACUCAAAUGUAGUUACCAAAAUUUGUCAUUCCUAGCCAGUAAUUUUGCAACUUUUAUGUGUAUGAAUUAUAGUAGCGAUACCUGUAUUAAAAUAUUUCGCUCAUAUUUCAUGUAAAAGCAGUAUGUACAAUGUAUAAGAUUUUAUACUUGUAGUUUAUAUUGUAAUAAAACAAAAGUACUUGCAA